AGCUCGGAGCAACUGAUCCGUGCGAAAUGACGAAAGCCAACUUUGGGAUGACCGAAACGAAACUGGGACAGUAAAGACGAAAUCUGAACUUCAGUCAACUGCAUUCUCUGUUUAUUUACACUCAUGGAUUUGUUGUCGGGGAAUGGAACACUUACCCAUGUUUUGAUAUAUUUGUUAUGAAAUGCCGGGAAAGUUUAAAUUAUUAACAAUCUGUAUGAGGCCCAAUCGAGAUAGUUCUACGAGGCGAUCCCGCUCGGUUUCCCCACACUUUUUUCGACCUCCGCCGUCGCCGAUCAAAACAAGCUCAACGCCCUGUACGAAAUGCGCGAGCAAUGGAGCGGCGGCUGCUACGGGAUUCUCCACUGGUGAGAAGCCGUCUGCUCCGCUAUCAGCUGUUGUUCACCGAAAAGUUCGUCAACCUCUUCGAUCCAACGACAAGAUGGCGGCGCCCACGAGAGUUAUGCUUCUGGCUUGCGGGUCGUAUAACCCGAUUACAAAUAUGCAUUUGAGAAUGUUUGAAAUUGCCAGAGAUUAUUUGCAUCAUACAGGGAAAUUUCAGGUCAUUGGCGGCAUUCUAUCUCCAGUUAAUGAUGGAUACAAAAAACAGGGCCUAAUAUCUAGCAAGCAUCGUAUUGAAAUGUGUAAAAUGGCUGUCGAGAAUUCUGAUUGGUUGAAAGUAGACACAUGGGAGGCGGAGCAAACCAACUGGUUAACAACUGUCAAGGUUCUGACCCACUUUGACAGUGAGCUUAAUAGCAACAAAGUCAACAACAAUCCUGAACCCGAGUUACCCCUCCCACCCCGAUGUCUGACCACGCCCACUAGAAGAGGCACUAAAAGAAGACGGAAUCUCCGAAAGAAUGAGCCACCUGUCUCAAAUGACUUCUUGGUGGCUCUGAGAAAUGUAUCUUCCUUGGCCUGUUUUGGGGCAGGAAUGUUGCCCAGUUAUGAUGGCACAGAAGUAGAAGAUGCAUAUGGUGCUCCAAACCUCAAUACCAGUGCUAACCAAUCAGGGGUAGAGGUCAAGCUGCUAUGUGGGGCAGACCUUUUGGAAUCCUUUGCUGUACCAGAUUUAUGGUCACAGGAAGAUAUGGAGACUAUUGUUGGAAAGCAUGGUCUAGUGGUUAUUACUAGGAGUGGUUCAGACCCAUACAAGUUCAUCUAUGAAUCAGAUCUUUUAUUCAAAUAUUCAAACAACAUUCAUAUAGUAACAGAAUGGAUCAGCAAUGAAAUAAGCUCGACCAAGAUAAGGACUGCCCUGAGAAGAGACAAGAGUGUUAAGUAUCUGAUCCCUGAACCCGUUGUCAAGUAUAUCAAAGAAAAUGGACUCUACAAGGAAGCUCCGAAACAGACAGAAAAAAACAAGUGAAAAUGGACACUAUUUAUAACUGGUAGAGGAUAUAUCCUAAUUGUGGCAUGACUGUUCCAGUAUACUUGUAUCAGUGGAUUGAUCGUAAACUGUCUUUGAUACUUGUAAUCAAAUAAAAACAUUAAUACCAAUUACUGAAAAAAAAUAUUGCUUGCAUGAGAGAUUGGCCUCUCACCUUUCAGCUUUAUCAUUGUUCAUACUUGACAUCUACAUAUUGUACAUGGGCUAAGAGUUUUUUCCCUCCCCACUCCCAUUUUUUUUUUAAUUAAAGCCAUGAAAGUUGAAAAAGAUUGGUAAACAAUUGCAGAUUUUUUUCAGCUAUGAACGUCCCUUUAGAUGAUUGCUAGUCUCAGAUAUAUAUUACCAUUUUAAUUGUGUCAUAUCAAAAGAUGCAUGCCACAUGCAAGAUUAGCCUCUACCAAUUUUCCUUGUCUACUGCCCUCUAUGAUGAGUUUUUGCCAAGCACUAUAAUUGCCCUGGUACAAAACCAAUUACCGGUAUUUCAGAUGCUGCAAGGUAUUGGAAAUAAUUGUACCUGCUGUCUGUGCAUCUAUUUAUUGUAUUGAAUAAAUUGAGGAAGCAGGGUCUGUACUGUACAUGUUGAAGUAUAAUUUUUUUUCUGGGGUGGGGUUAUUAGAACCUUCUGAAAUUCAGGUUUGCUGAAACCUCAGUACUUAUCAGUUGUUAUGAAGUCCUCGCAAAAUUCCUUUAAAAAUAGAUUUGGUUAUUAUCUUCUUGAAGUAGAUGUUUCCACUAGUAAAUGAUAUCUUUCUUCAACUUUACCUAUCAGUCACGAUAUAUUCAAUUGAAUGUGGGUAAUCUUAUCCUGAAAUUACUUUCAAAUGCGACAGAUCUCCUCAAAUUCCCAGAAGCUUCUGUGUUACACACCAUUAUACUUUCAAUAUUUUUUACAAGUUCGGCAAACUUUUAAGUUUAAAGGUAUGCAUAAAAUUUGAAUAAACAUGUAUUAUGAGAACUGAUUGAGGUUUGACAAAAGUGCAAUCAUAACCAGUUGGAAACACGCUGGUGUGAUAUGGUGGAACUGUCAUAGCCUAUUCAGUAUCAAUAUAUUUGAAGGAAUGCAGGAUGCAGUGUUUUAUAUGAUUACAUUUUAAAUCUGAGGGUGGCCCCAAAGUUUCGGCCGGUACUGUAUACAUUUGGUUUGUUUAUCUUGUAAUGCUAUGUGAACAAGUUUCAGGUAAGGCAUGGUGUAUGACAUUGCCUUUACAAUAUUAUUGAAAUAAUGAUUGUGCAAUGAUGGCUUUAUCAAUGAUAAAAUCUAUUUAAAAGCUUAAAUGCACAUCAUGAAGAAUAACUGCAAUUAUUUGAAGACAAUUGUGCCAUACAAUUAUCUAUUUGGAAUUUCAUUUAUUUCCACAUUUUUAUUGCAGAAUAAUAAUAAUAACAAUUAGAGUAACAUUAAUUAUAAGUCUGAUGGUAAUAGUGAAAGCAACAUUCAUAAGGUACUUUAUUACAGGUGUUUAGAUGCCCACCGAUGGACUGGUUAACUAAUUCCCUAAUACAUAAUAAGUAAACCAACUAUUUAAAUUA